AUGCGUUCCGCCCGCGCGAUGGUCGACGUCUUCGCGGGUCUCGCGAUGAUGAUACUCGCCGCGCGUCUUCGCGAGCGCUCACGAUGCGCGUCCCCCGCCCUCCCAUAUGCAGAAAACACCGCCGCGCGCUCGAUACGCGCGCAUAUCGCGACGAGCCCGCGUUCGCGCGCCCCCGCGAGCGCGACCGAGCAGCAGAUAGAUAUCUUCUCGUCCGGCGUGGAUAUUUUCACGAUGUCCGCGCCGACGCUUCAACCGAGGACCGCGUUGCCGCGAGAUAGCGCGUCUCCUCAGAAGGAGCGCAGGGUGGAAAAAUGGAACACGUCACCGGGCGGGCCGCUGGAGAUGCACGCGCAGGCGUCGAGCGGCGAGAACGGCGGGCAAACGUCGAGCGGCGAGCACGCCGCCGGGUCGAGCGGCGACCGCGCCGCCGGGUCGAGCGGCGACCACGCCGCCGGGUCGAGCGGCGACCGCGGCCCGAACGACGACGAGACGAGAGCGGCGGCGGACGGGAACGUCGUCCACGAGCGUGUCGCCGAGGGUAACAGCGACGCGCGCGUGGAAGCGUCGCCGACGAAAUCGAUCGAGACGACGCCUGCGCAAGAGGCGCUGCGGCAACGUCUGUCCACGAAGCAACUGCAGAAGAAAUACGAAGAAGUGUUCGGGGUGCCGACGAAGGUUCACAACAAGGAUUGGAUACUGAGCAAGAUCAGCGACCGCGUCAAAAUCGAACUCCCGGACGAUCCAGAAGCGACGCAGACGAAAGCGGGGGUGAAAGCUGAGAAGCAGGCUGCCGGCGCCCCUCGAAAAUCUUACGGGAAACACGUGGACAUCCCCGUGGGACAAGUACGCUGCAGCCGGAACGACGGAAAGAACUGGCGUUGCUCUGAGAUGGCGUCGCCGGGUCACAAACACUGCCAGAAACACAUGCGGUGGACCGGCAGCGCAAAGGGCGCGUCGAAGUCGCAAGGACGAAAUCACCAAGCCAUCGGCGCGAAGCGACCGCAUUGGAUGACCUCGAAUGUGUCGCUUCCCUCGGGCGCGGCGCCGUCGGGGAUGGCUAAGAAUGACCUGCUCGAAGUUGCCGCGUCCGCGCUCGACGAGCUGCACAAAAAAGAGGAAACCGAGGCGCAACAAAACGUGCAAGGCGUCAGUGGCGCGACGAACCCGAUGCACAUGUUUGGGUUCAACCCGCAGAUGUUGCAGCCCUCAAACGUGAACCAGUUCCAAACGUGCUUCCCGAUGAUGCCGCCGAACGCCAUGGUAAACCCGUUCGCCGCGUUGUGGUGGGCCGCGGGGAUGGGCGCUCAGCCGCCGGCUCCAACUCCCGUCGCCCGAGACGAGAUGCUCGCUCCUCAGGCUGCCCCCACGCCUCCCGCACACUUUCAAAUGGGAAUGGGUGGGAUGGACCCAGCGACGUGCAUGGCGAUGAUGAUGAUGAUGGCGAGUCAGCAGUGA